AUGGGUGACUCCUAUGCUCAUGACGAGAGUCAGUCACAAAUCGUCGCGGAGACGAUGUGGCUCCAGGGCGCGCUCCUCAAUAAUUUGCUUUACGGCAUAGACCUCAUAUUGUUCUUUAUAUGCUGCAAGCACGUCGUGCGAAAGAUGACGCCCAGCAACCGCAAACGGCAGGUCUGCAAUUUGAUCUUCAUCGCUACGCUCUUCAUGUUGGGUACCCUUGGAACCUUCGGUAACGUCAACAUGACACAACGGGCUUUCAUCAAUCACCGUAACUACCCCGGUGGCCCUGCACGCUAUGAAACCGACAUGUUCUGGAUACCUAGCAAUGAGCUCGGAACGGUCGCUACCGUUUUUGGCAAUUGGCUUAUGGAUUCGUUGCUGGUCUGGAGAUACAUGGCCAUUUUUGCUGGUGUAUCUGUGGUACCAACGUGGGCUAUUAUCACAGUCCCCUGUCUCAUGUUGACAGCAUCAGUUGGUCUUGGGCUGCUCUUCCUUGUUGAAACUUCGCGGUCGUCACCUUUCGAUGCUGUGACGGCCACCGUGCCCUACUUCGCCAUGACGAUAUCACUCAACGUCCUUCUCACCAUGCUCAUCGUGGCACGGCUACUCCGCUUCCGUUCGCGCUUAGUUCGAGCACUAGGUGAAGAACAUGGAAAGUAUUACGGAUACCUGUCCAUGGUCCUCGUGGAAUCGGCCUCGCUGUUUGCCGUGUUCUCAUCCAUGCUCCUCAUCACCGAGGCCGUGAAUAGCUCACUUGCGUACUUAAUUUUACAAAUUGUCGGCCAGAUACAGGUGAACAAUCUCAUCGCUUCUGAUCAUCAUCCACACAAUCAAGGGGAAGAGCUAUUCGGACGUCAUUUCCACAAUGAGGCCAAUAUCAAGCCUGCAAUUCGACGGGAUGUCAACAUCUGUAUUAAAUUCUCAUGGGCUCAAUACAAUAAUAUCCCCAGAGGGGUUAUACUUCUCUGA